CCCGAAAAAAUGGGCGUUGUGGUUCAGGUUCCCUAAUGGGCUCGAUGACAGAGGCGGAGAACGGGGCGGCGGCGGCAGCGCCGGCGGCCAACGGCGGCGCUGCUCCUCCCGCGUCCGAAGGUGAAAAGAACCCACCGAAGAGGGGGAGGCUGGCGAUGUCCGGGGGGACGCCGCUCGAAGUGGGGACGCGGGUGAUGUGCCGGUGGCGGGAUCAGAAGCCUCACCCCGUCAAGGUCAUCGAGCGUCGGAAGAUCCCGUUUGGAGGUCCCAAUGACUACGAGUACUAUGUUCACUACACCGAGUUUAAUAGGAGACUUGAUGAAUGGGUUAAACUUGAGCAACUUGAUCUUGAUACUGCAGAGGCUGAUGUCGAUGAGAAGGUGGAAGACAAGGUAACAAGUUUGAAAAUGACUCGACAUCAGAAAAGAAAGAUUGAUGAAACACAUGUUGAGCAUGGUCACGAGGAGCUUGAUGCUGCUAGUUUACGAGAACACGAGGAGUUCACAAAAGUGAAAAACAUUGCAAAAAUAGAACUUGGAAGAUAUGAGAUUGAUACAUGGUACUUUUCUCCUUUUCCACCAGAGUAUAGUGACUCUCCAAAACUGUAUUUUUGUGAGUUCUGCCUCAAUUUUAUGAAACGCAAAGAGCAGCUUCAAAGGCAUAUGAGAAAAUGUGACCUUAAGCACCCUCCUGGUGAUGAGAUAUACAGAAGUGGCACCCUUUCUAUGUUUGAGGUUGAUGGCAAGAAGAACAAGGUUUAUGGGCAGAAUCUUUGCUAUUUGGCUAAAUUGUUUCUUGAUCACAAGACCCUUUACUAUGAUGUUGAUCUAUUUCUAUUUUAUAUUCUUUGUGAAUGUGAUGAUCGAGGAUGCCACAUGGUUGGUUAUUUCUCAAAGGAAAAACAUUCAGAGGAGGCUUACAAUUUAGCAUGCAUUCUCACUCUUCCUCCUUAUCAGAGGAAAGGAUAUGGGAAAUUUCUAAUUGCUUUCUCCUAUGAACUUUCAAAAAAGGAGGGUAAAGUUGGAACCCCAGAGAGACCGUUGUCCGAUCUUGGCCUAUUAAGUUAUAGAGGGUACUGGACUAGAGUUCUUCUGGACAUAUUAAAAAAGCACAAGGGCAACAUCUCCAUCAAGGAACUCAGUGACAUGACUGCCAUAAAACCUGAUGACAUUCUAAGCACUUUGCAAACACUCGACUUGAUACAAUACAGGAAGGGCCAGCAUGUCAUCUGCGCCGACCCGAAGGUCUUGGAUCGUCACCUCAAGGCUGCUGGACGAGGAGGUUUGGAGGUGGAUGCUACUAAAUUGAUCUGGACUCCUUACAAAGAACAAGGUUAGUGUUAUUGUAUGUAAGUAAACAUCAGGAGUUGUAGAUUCUGUUAGCACCAAAGAUUGAUUAUGGUGUGUGUAUUAUCUCUCAGAACUUAACCUGUUGUCUUUUCUCCACUAAAAUUUAGCAUUUUUAGUAAAAAAAAAUUAGGAAAAAAUAUUUUGUUCUCGAAGGUUGAUUUAUUUUUGAAA